CAGUAGGGGUCGAGUUUAAUUCCCCUUUCUGCCCUGCUGUGAUGAGUGUGGAGCUCCAGUAGGGGUCGCUGUGGGCGUCUCGGUCGCGAUCCGCCACACAUUGAGAGAAAUAGAAGAAGCCGUGCGGCAGUUUUGCUGAUUGAUGAGCUGAGCUCUCCGACUCUACUAAUCAUCUUUCCAUUAAACUCUUUCUGACAGGGUUUUACCCCCACAGUUCCAUCUGAUCCGUUGUGGGGGAUUUGAGGUGGUUAACUGCGUUCUGCUGGAAACAUCAAGGUUUUCGUCCGUUUGUCCGUGUAGAUUGACGUCUGCAGCACCAGGUAGUCGGAGAUGUCGGGGAACUCAACAGAUGGAUAAUUUUCCAACUCCUAGGAAAAGUCCUUCUUUACUAGUGUGGAAGGACCUAUUGCAUCACAAAGAGCAACUUUCUGAAGGGAUCUUGACUGUGCAUUGGCCUCUAAACUGUGAAAAUAUUCAGAGACGGUUUCACUCGCUCUUUACAUAACAGCAGCCAAAUCGUGUGGGCUGGGGGUGAGCUGGAGAUAAUCCUGGAUACACCCUGAACAGAUCAUCAUCUGCAGGCUUCACACUGAGAGACCGAAACACGGCCAUUCUCACACCGGUGGGGGUGGGGCGGGGUGGGGGUUGAGAGGAGCCAGGUGAUGAAUCAACGUGUUUUGAACUGUGGGAGGAAACCGGAGCAUCCUGAGAGAACCCACACAGGAACAUGCAGUCUCCAUCCAGGAACACCCCAGUUGACCAGCAGCUCUAACUGAGUGGACUCCUCUCAUCUUCGACUCUCCUCUUUCUUCCAUCAUACACUUUUUCAUCUGCAAGAACACUAAAAGAUCCGACUACGAUGAAAUCUGAUAAGGUGAAAUGUGAGAAUGUGGAGCCCACUGAGAGCUCCAGUGGUCCUCAAAUAUCAUCUGGUCCCUUCCUCACCAACACCUCCCACAGCCAAGUGAAGAAACUCCUUCACCAGUGCUCACAGUGCUGGAAGAGUUUCAGCCAGAUCAGCACGCUUAAAGAACAUCGACGGAUCCACACGGGGGAGAAGCCACAUCAGUGCUUGCAGUGUGGGAGGAGCUUCAGCCAGAAGAGUAAUCUCAAAAAACAUGAGGGCCUUCACGCUGGAGAGAAGGCGCAUCGCUGCUCGCUGUGCGGGAAGAAUUUUACCAGCCAGAGUAAUCUCCAGCGCCACGAGCGCAUCCACAGUGGGGAGAAGCCCUAUCAGUGUGUACAGUGUGAGAAGAGCUUUAACGAGAGCGGUAGUCUGAUAAAACACCAGCGCGUCCAUACCGGGGAGAAACCCUAUCACUGCUUGCAGUGUGGGAGAAGCUUCAGCCAGAAGAGUAAUCUCAAAAAACACGAGAGCGUUCACGCUGGAGAGAAGGCGCAUCACUGCUCGCUGUGCGGGAAGAAUUUUACCAGCCAGAGUAAUCUCCAGCGCCACGAGCGCAUCCACACCGGGGAGAAGCCCUAUCAGUGUGUACAGUGUGAGAAGAGCUUUAAUGAGAGCAGUAGUCUGAUAAAACACCAGCGUGUCCACACUGGGGAGAAGCCCUAUCACUGCUCACUGUGUGCAAAGAGCUUCACCAGCCAGAGUAACCUCCAGCAGCACCUGCGCAUCCACACCGGGGAGAAACCGUAUCACUGUGGAGUGUGUGGGAAACGUUUCAGACAGGGUACGAGUCUCCAGAUCCACCUGCGCAUUCACACCGGAGAUAAACCUUACUACUGUUUAGAGUGUGGAAAGAGUUUUACUCAGGGAACUGCUCUCCAGAUCCACCAGCGCGUUCACACAGGGCAGAAACCCUAUCACUGCUCACACUGCGCAAAGAGCUUCACCAGUCAGAGUAAUCUCCUGCGACACCAGCGCGUUCACUCAGGAGAGACACCGUAUCAGUGCUCACAGUGUGGGAUGAGUUUUACACAAAGACGUAAUCUCCAGCAGCAUGAGUAUAUUCACUCAGGAGAAAGACCGUAUCAGUGCUCAGAGUGUGGACGGAGCUUUAGUCGAGAGGAGGCUCUGCAGUUACACCGACGCAGUCACACGCGAGAGAAGCCCCAUCACUGCUCGCAGUGCAAGAAGGGGUUCAGGAACCAGAGUAACCUUCGGAAGCACCGCUGCGUUCACACAGGAGAAAUGCUCCGUCAGUGUCCUGAGUGUGGGGAGAGGUUCAGUCAGCAGAGAAACUUCCAGCGACACGAUCACAUUCACAUGGCUGAGGAUACGGACCUGCUUCUGAACAAGUUUAUUAUUAUCAUCAUCAAGUGCCAACCCUUCUACCUACUGAGGGAGUUUACAUCGAUUCUGCUCGGCGCUGUUUACAUCCCUCCCACCGUUAACACCAACAUUAGGAGCGAGGCACUCAAUGAACUCUACCAGGCCAUCAGUGAACAACUGAAGACGGAUUCCUCAUCACAGCAGGCUGCUUCUAUCCUCUGUGCUACACAUCCUAAAUGUCCUGCUUCAAGAACAUCAAGCAAUCCACUUAAGAUGAAGUCAGACAAGAAUAUCCACGAGAAUCCAAUAUCGACUCGAAGGUCCAGCAGACACCAAAUGUCCUCUGGUUCUUUGAGCUUGUCAGUUAGUGGUGGUGGUGUGGAGAGGAAAGUUCAUAAGUGCUUACAGUGUAGGAAGAGUUUUCCUCAAAAGAACAAGCUCGAGAGACACCAGCUUGUUCACGCAGAAGAGAAAAUGUAUCGCUGCUCACAGUGUGGGAAAGGUUUCAUUGAAAAGAAUAAGUUUGAAAUACACCAGCGUAUUCAUGCAGGAGAGAAGUUGUAUUGCUGUGUAGAAUGUGGUAAAAGCUUUAAUUACCGUUGCAGUCUGCAGCGACACCAGCGCGUUCACUCAGGAGAGAAGCCGUAUCAGUGCUCUGACUGUGGGAUGAAUUUCACACAACGAAAUCAUCUCCAACAACACCAACGCAUUCAUGCCGCAGAGAAGCUGUUUCACUGUUCACAGUGUGGGAAAACCUUUAGUAUAGAGGAUGCUCUUCAAAUUCACCAGCGCAUUCACACACGAGAAAAGGCUCAUCAGUGCUUGGAUUGUGGAAAAAGUUUUCUUGAGCACAGUUGUCUCGUAAAACAUCAGCACGUUCACACAGGAAAGAAGCUUCAUCAGUGCUCAGAGUGUGGAAAAAGUUUUCUUCAUCACAGUCGCCUUGUAAAACACCAGCGCAUUCACACAGGAGAGAAACCGUAUCGCUGCUUAGUGUGUGGGAAGAGUUUUCGCCGAGAGGACAACCUUCAGUUACACCAACGCGUUCACACAGGAGAGAAGCCGUAUCGGUGCUCACAGUGUGGCAAGAGUUUUACACAGAGGAGUAAUCUCCAGCUCCAUCUCCACAUUCACACAGGAGCGAAGCCCUAUCACUGCUCAGACUGCGGGAAGAGCUUUAGACACAGUGGUAAUCUCCAACAGCACCAGCGGAUUCACACUGGAGAGAAACCGUAUCAGUGUUCAGUCUGUACGAAGAGUUUCACACAGAGGAGUAAUCUGCACCAACACCAGCGCAUUCACACAGGAGAGAAACCGUAUCGCUGCUCUGAAUGUGGGAAGAGUUUUGUACAGAAGUUUAAUCUUCAAGCCCACCAACGCAUUCACACUGGAGAAAAACCAUAUUACUGCUCGGAGUGUGGCAAGAGUUUUAGUACGCACAGAAUUUUUCAGAGACACAAGCACGUUUACACAGCGGAGAAUAAAAACCUGCUGCAGUUUUCAGAAGAAACUGUGGAAAACCACUAGGUUUAUUCUCAAUAUUCAUUGGGUCAAAUUGGAUCUUUGAUAAAAUCCUUUUAGAUGUAUACUUUUUAUAUUCCUUGCCAUGUACUAGAAGGGACUGUCUUUGGACAGGGUGGAAAGGAACACUGUCCUACUCCAAACCAUCUCUGGGGGGGUAUUCCAUAAAGCAAGCUCCAAUCUAAAAGCCAGGCCUAUUUUAAACAAUCUGCCCUGCUGACUAACUCCGGCAACAUGGGCUUUUGGACAACCCUGAGCCAUGUCUGGUUAUUUUUGAAGAUAAACUAAUCUGGAUGAAUUCUAUUAGCCAUGCCUUGUGCUUUCGUAGUCCCAUCAGGCAGAAACAGUACCCAGAAGCAAUUAUUCCGCUGUAGUGCAAAGGCAGAACAAAAUCUACUGUAUCCAGCCCAUUCUAUAAUUGUGGGUACAUUUCAAGUGUUGACUCUGUUAAUGUGGGCGGCACGGUGGUGUAAUGGUUAGCGCUGUCGCCUCACAGCAAGAAGGUCCGGGUUCGAGCCCCGUGGCCGGCGAGGGCCUUUCUGUGCGGAGUUUGCAUGUUCUCCCCGUGUCCACGUGGGUUUCCUCCGGGUGCUCCGGUUUCCCCCACAGUCCAAAGACAUGCAGGUUAGGUUAACUGGUGACUCUAAAUUGAGCGUAGGUGUGAAUGUGAGUGUGAAUGGUUGUCUGUGUCAGCCCUGUGAUGACCUUGCGACUUGUCCAGGGUGUACCCCGCCUUUCGCCCGUAGUCAGCUGGGAUAGGAUCCAGCUUGCCUGCGACCCUGUAGAAGGAUAAAGCGGCUAGAGAUAAUGAGAGAAUGAGAUGACUCUGUUAAUCAUCGUCAACUCUUAUCGUUAAACUGGGCAAUCCAUGAACAGAAUUGACAACAGGCUUGACAUUUUUCCACCAUUUUUGUACCUUAACUCCACAUGCUAACCUCAAACUAGCUACCACACGGCAUGUAUAAUGAAAACAGAAUUUUAUGGAUUUUAAUUUUUUGUUUGUUUGUUUGUUUUUUAAAUGAGUGAGAGAUUCACUCCAAUAUCACACCAACAGAGUUGACAAAUAAUUAACCUACCAUUAAUGUAAAAUCCUCAACGUUUUGUUCAAAUUAAUGAGAGAAGAAACAGAACAUACCUCACUGACUUUCUGAAGUUUCCCACCAGAGGAACUGACAUCACAGCUGUCAUGCGUAUUAAGUCUUUGUGGAUUUUAUGUGGUUUUAUAAUUAAGAGUUGACAAGAACACUGACACAGAAUUUUAUUACUGAAAUUUCACAUAAUACAGAAAAUAGACUUUCUAUGCAAUUGAUUUGAUAAUAGUUAAUAGAAUAAGUCCCAAAAAACAGACUGUUAGACUGAAUCACUUCUUGUUUAUUGGAGUUGAAUGGAUCAAUCAAGAGUCGAAG